CUUUGAACCUUGAACUUUAGUAAAAGGUAAACAAAAUGGCUGUCAUUUGCCGAUGGUUUUCUAUUCUUCGUGUGUUUUUGAUCGUAUUUCUGUCGUAUGUGGUGGGUCAAGUAUGCACAUAUUACGGCAACUACAGAUAUGCAGAGCAGCAGUCUAAUUUAUCCAACUGCACGUGGUAUCGUAACAUGGCAUGUUGCAGACGCACCGAAGUAUCGUCCGUCUUCGGUAGUAUGUUCAAGAUCCACGGCGAGACACGACAAUGUAAAUCACGACUCAACUACAUGAUGUGUUACUUCUGCAGUCCGAGCCAAGUGGAUUGGUAUGACUCAAAAGUCGUUAUUUGCUCCGACUUCUGUGAAGAAACCUUUGAGAUGUGCAAGGAAGCUCGGCUAGGGGACUCCUCCAUCGGAGAGAAGUACGAAUCGGGUCGACAGUUCUGCGAGGCCAAUAAUUUCGAGGUGGUUCCUGGAAGAGAGAGAUGCUUCAGUUUUGACCCGACGGCUUUUGAUUCAGCGAUCACGGUCCAGCCAGGUAUCGUUGGACUCCUAGCUUGUCUCUCUACUGCUUUACUGAGAUUCUGAUGGUCCAGUUUACGUUCUGUGCAAAUGGGCUAACUUUCGUCAACAGUUAAAAAAUUGACUCAGUUCUAAGGAUCGGAAAAUAACUGUCAUAUUUGCCGUAAAAGGAAUGAAAAUUAAGGCUUCCAAAUUAUUGAUUCAUAAUAAACUAGAGCGUCUAGCGUCUGGUUUCUUCCAUUUCAAAUAAUAACAUUCACAAACUUUGGCAUGUAAGGUGACCUAAAAUUUGGCUUAAUUAUAAUUAUAAUAAUAAUAAUUACCGAUAAUGGGUCACUAGGGAGACAUUCCCAUAGACUUGUGCACAAUGUUUUUAGGACCACGAUCAAUUUAUCUAUCCUAUUUGCGACAACACAAUUUUGCUUCUAAAUAGGGCCAGAUGCAUUAUGAAGACAUUGAAAUGUCUCCCUUAUUCCACGUCUCCCAGAGGUAUAACUUAUUACUCUGAGGUGUCUUCCAAAGGUCAUACUUGUGGUUGUAAUGAUAAGGGGUAAUUAUUAAGCACACGUAUCCACCAUUAUUGGACUCGAGGUACUACACCAUGAUUACCCUGCUCAUUGGGCCAAUGAAACAUUCCAAAACACCGUCUCGGCUCCCUGGGGAGUAUACAGCUCCAUGCUGCCAUUUCGGCGCAAAGCAGCUAUCAAUCACAAUAAUUAUCUCUGCCCACUCACAAUUUACUCGUGGAUAAGGACUCGCAAUGAGCGACAAAGUGUCUUGCCCAAGGGCACACACACCAUAACCAUAAUUAAGCAGACAUCGUCAUGUUUGUGUUGCAUGGGCCUUAUGCUCGAGUUGGCCAUUUUUGUCGAGUGCCCUGAAAAAAGGCUGAAUGUAGUUCAUUAAUUGUUAACUGUUGAAUGGGAUGGCGCCAGACUAUUUGUGCAGGCAUAAUGCAGCCUUAUUUUACUUUAUUUUAAUCUUGCUUUAAAAAUUAGGGAAUGUUUAAUUACAAAUUUAAGAAGCAGACUGGAAUUAAUUAGUUAUUAAGUUGCUUUCAUUUCUCUUCGGAAGUGCAAAAAAGUAAGAUUUAACAUCACUCCAUAGAGCUGUAUAAUAAAGAAUGCCUCACUCUCAAUUCAAUAUGGCCGACUCAUGCAUAAGGCCCAUACUAUAGAAUGGGGAAUUUCGACCUACUUAUUUUCAUUACAUUUAAUCGUUAAUAUAUAUUAGUUUCAAGACCAAGCUACAUUUAUUGGUGAUGAUGUUUAAAACACAAUACACUAAACGUGACCUAGAUAUUUUUUACCUCCCUUGUCGGUCAUAAGUUACCAUGUAUGAAGCAAUUACUGAAAUACAUGUACAUGUACAAUAAUCUUGUUGUAUUUCAGUUCAUUGUUUCUGACUGGAAGUUAAUAUUUGAACUUUAACUAGUGCAUGAAUUUAAUUACAGUAGGUGGAAAUGAUAUUCAAACACAAGUAUUAAUUUGUAAAAGUACUAAACAAAAUGACAAAGUCAGAAGUAAUUCGUUUUAGGUUAAGUGGUCCGGCUCCACGCUGUAGUCUGAUGGUUAGAUUAAUAAUUAAUUAAUAAUUUAAUAGUAGCUUUAUAAUAAAAAAAAAAGCAGGGUACUUUUUAUUGCUGUGCAAUUUUUACUUAUUUAUUGUCGGAAACUUGCCCAGUUGUAGUUGUACAAUACAUUUAUUGAAAUGUGUUCGUCGCCAAAAUGAUUUGUUUUUAAUACAAAUAUGAAAUCGGUUGUGGAUGAUUUUAAGAUACAGUAUUAAUGUUUUUGAUAUUACUAUGUAAAAUCAUACAGAUGUAUGGUUAGCGACUUAAUAGCAAAACUUCGGACAAAGAGAAUCAUCUUUAAAAAAACUUGUAAAUCAUGUGUAUUGUAACUCGGGCCUGUAGUAUUCCUUGCCAAAUUCAGAGUUAACUAUAGAAAGUUCAUGUAUGCAAUACUUUAUUAAUUUGCAUGUACAAUUUGAAUUCAGAAUAAUUAAAAGUGGUUGUUUAAAUUAGUUCAUUGACUGUCAUUAUGGGAUAUCGUGCAAUGCCAAAUAUUAACUUGUAUUCACAUGCACCAUAAGAAACAUUCAUUUGUAAGAAAAAGUUUGUGCUAACUUUAUUGUGCAAUAAUUGAGUCAUACUCUCACAGUUUGUCGUCAAGUUACAUUUCAGCCGUAACUUUGACGGAGCAUGUGGAUUUGUAUGCAUAAACAUUGGAUUCUGCAGUACAAUUAGGCCAGUUGUGAUUUUAAAAUGUCUUUGUAUUUAGAGAAAAAUAUAACAUAAAGUACAGAGAGUGAAGACCAGAAUUGGUUUUAUUGUGAAGUCAUUCUCACUGUGUAGCAGAUAUUCCCGACAUUAUAAAAAGUUAUAGAUGAUAAUUAUUUCCACAAUUAUCCUUUAUUCUGUGCAGGGCUAGCGCUAGAAGAAAUUUGUCGACUGCUUUAGUGAUGAAUUUAGGUCUAGUAUGAAAAAUUAUGCAUCGCUUUCCAACUAGAAUCAAAUGAAUCCAGCAGUGUUGUGUCCCACCCCAGUGAAUGUCUGUAUAUUUAUUCAGCGAACCAUUUAUCUAUCAAGAUAAGGCCAUAGACAUAAUAAAACCUAGACACGACGUUA